ACAUUUGGCCAAGUACCCUAUCUUACUGGCUCAGAUGGACUGGAGCUAUCUGAAUGUUAUGCCAUAUUGCGAUAUUUUGGACGCAAACUUAAUCUCUAUGGCAACAAUGAUAUUGAGGCUGCCAAGAUUGAUAUGUUACUAGAGCGUGAACACCAAACAUUGGUUGGGGUACUUAUAUCACUGUUAAAAAAACAAGAUGAUGCUGCAAGGAUAGAGAGUACGAAGAUAUGUGAUACCCUGGCAAUAUUUCAGAAACUUCUGGAGAAGAAUAAGAAAGGAGAAGGCUACUUUGUUGGAGAUAAGGUCUCUAUUGCAGACUAUGCCAUGUUGGAUCUCCUAGAUGCCUGUAUAAGUCUCUCAAGUACAAUGCUAGAUGCCUACCCAACACUGAAGGCAUUCUAUAACCGCAUGGCUUCAAGGGAAAAGAUUGCAGCGUGCAAAGCCUCAGAAAAGUACAAAUCUUUCUAUGUUGCUGGCAAUCUUGGACGAAAGUAAAUUGGUAUAGAAACUGUACCUAAGUUGCAAACAUGAACAGUUCAAAUUGUUGCCAGAAAUGCUAUCAUUGUAAUUGACAAUUGAAAUGUGAACAAAUAUUAAAGAUUUGAAAAUAUUCUAAAUAGUACUAUGGCUCAAAAUGUGAAGUGAUUUCAGUCAAAUUGACAACCAUAUUUUGGACAUCUUGUGAUAAUUAUAAUGAAAUUAAAUGAUAGUUUCUUAGUUAAAGCUCAAUAAUUAGUUUUCUAUGAGAAACUGGUGACAGACGGGUAUGGAAUUGCAAUAGCUCACAGUGUGAGCUAAAAAUAGUGACUGUAACAAUAUAUCCCCACUUCUUGGUGGUUUUCCAUAAUAACAUGAUAAUAUUAUUUAUGUACAAAAUUUUGGAUUAUA